AUGGAUCUCGUCGAUAUAUCGCCUUCCAAAAAAAAUCCUCGUGGAAAAUUUGUUGGUACUGGUCAAAAGCAAAUAAUCAUUAAUCUGUACAAAGAUAAGAUCAAACAACAACAAGAAAACCCAGACGGCCCCAAAUUGACCUACAGACAAAUGCUGUUAGAAAUCUCUAAAUCAAGUGGUAUUGGGCAACGGACGAUACAAACGACAUUGGCUGAAUACAAAAAAAAAGUGAUGGACAACGCCGCCUAUCAUUCUGUGAAAAAAGAUCGUAUUCCAGUGAUGUCAUGGAAAAAGCAAGAAAUAAUAAAUUGGCUGGAAAGUAAGGGCGAGAACAUUACUUAUCCAACAACAAAAGGGGCAUUAUUGUCUAAAGUCAGAACAAUACAUACGGAUGACCAUGAGAAAUACGUUAUUGAUGAGUAUGCGAAAGAUAACAAUAAAACAGUAUUAAGAUUGCCCCCGUACCACUGCGAGUUGAAUCCUAUAGAACUAGCAUGGUCGUCUGUUAAGAGGUAUGUCCGUACUCACAAUACUACCUUUAAAUUAAAAGAUGUAAAAGAAUUGCUGAAAAGAGGCGUGGAACUAGUAACACCGGAAAUGUGGACGAAUUUCGUUGGGCACGUCAUCAAGGAGGAAGAAAAAUUUUGGAAAAUCGACAACAUAACAGACGAUUUUAUGGACGAAGAACCUGAAGAAGGAGCACGUCAUAUCCUAACAAUAGGUGAUACAAGUUCGGAUUCUGACUCGGAUUAA